AUGUGGAGAAUUAUCCUGCCACUGCUGGCUCUUUGUGCCUUGGCUCAGGCCCAGUGUCGGUUCACAAGACCCCAAGUGGAGGGAACCAAUCGCAUCUUCAUGGUGCGCUUGCAGAACCGCCAGCUCUCCCUUAAGCGCACUGCCAGCUCGGCGGUGGGUGAAGUCCUGCAGAUGUGGUGCAAUGCCCGGGACAUUCAGACCACCACUUGCCAGGCGGGUCAGACCCCAGGCUUUCGGCCACCAUUACCUAUGACCUGUCGAGCUCCUCCGGCAGCUCUAACAACACCCGUCCAGGAUCGCAGGUGUCCGGCCACUAUGUACCGCGUGGGAUACAAUGUGGGCAACAACCAGUUCCUGGAGCUCUAUCGCGCCUGCUUCGAUACCAGAGCGGUGCGAGCGAUCUUCGUGGAGCAUCAGGUGUACGCCAAGCCUUUCUAUAUCACUCGACCCUGCGUUCAGUUUAGUUCCGAUGGAGUGAUCAGCGGAGCCGAUGAGGCCAGUUACACGGUUCGCAACAUUCAUGCUACUUUCAGGCGGCUGUUUGGCAACAACCAGAACUUCAUACCCAACAACCGGGAUGUGAUCAUCAAUCGUGGCCACUUGGCUGCAUCGGCUGACUUCUUCUUUGGUGACCAAGUGUGUUCCACCUUCAAGUACGUGAAUGCGGUGCCGCAGUUCAAGACCAUCAACGAUGGCAAUUGGGAGACCAUCGAACGAUGGGUUCGCAACUCGGUAAGGGGAAACCAAUUCGUGAAUGUACGCACUGGAGCCAGAGAUGUGCUAUCCCUGCAAGCAGGCGCUGGAUCCAGGAAUGUCUUUCUCAGCGGCAAUAGGAACCCAGUGCCACUGUGGAUGUACAAGAUAGUAAGGAACUCCAAUAACCAGCCCAUCGUGGCCUUCCUCACCCUCAACAACAUCUUCGCCCGACAACGUCCAGCGGCUCCGAACUUUUGCCAGCCUGUGAACUGUCCAAUGCCAUUGGCCAACACUGCAACGGCUGGAUUUACCUUCUGUUGCAACACCGCCACUUUCAGACCGUAA